AUGGCUCAGCGCAUGCGACUCUUUUCUCUUCUGCCAUCUCCUCCCUCUCUCCCCCCCUCUUACCUCUCUCCCCCACCUUCCCCCUUCCCCGUUCCCGUUCCCUUUCUAUCCCCCCCUUCCCCCUCUCUUCCUCUCACUCCGUUUCUACCAGCGACAUUCCCAUGGCGCAGUAUAUCAUCUUUCUGGACAGCAAGAGGGGAGGCGCUCCCCUCUCACGCCUCUCCCCCCUUCCAGCCCUCCCUCCCUUUCCGCCUCUCUUUCUCUUGCUCCGUUUCUACCAGCGACAUCCCCAUGGCGCAGUAUAUCAUCUUUCUGGACAGCAAACGGGGAGGCGCCGAGAAGUUUAUUCUUCAGGUUCUAGACGACACUCACAUGUUGAUUCUAGCGGAUGCAGCCGACAUGGUGCAGAAGAUGUGCCGUGAUUGGAUGGAUGCCAACACGUACGAGAAGCCAACAUAG